AGAUUUCAAGGAAAUUCCAGUGUGAUCAAAGUUAUUAGAAAAAAACUGAUACACACAGUGAAUUGUACUUGGUGGUGAAACAUGGUUGCUAUCAACAAAACUAAACAAUAUGAAGAUACCAAGGACUGUCUGUUACAAAUGAUGGUGAAAUUUCUGCUCAUUCUGUACUUAAGACUACAACAUUUUCUUAUUAAUGCACACUGUCUGAGCUACACCUUGGUUGGAUAACAGGAGGAACAUGUUAAAAGCAUGCAGGUGACAGAUAGGUGACGGAUAGGUGACAGAUAAGUAAAGAUAAGUAUUGGAUUGAACAAAGUUUCUUUUUAAACACCAAAAAGUUCAAAGUUAGAAACCACUUGUUUUCAAACUUAUGACCAAUUUCACUGAAUCAGAAAUGUCAAUUUUCAAAAUUUCAAAAAAAUUCCAUUUAGUUUAUAUUACAUUUACAGAAUGUAGAAGUCAGUAUAUAGUGUUAAACAUACUGGCUGACUCCCAGGUGUGGUCACCAGGGUUCUGGCACUCUAAAGCCAUGUUUAUCUAGUAAGAAACUAUAGCUUCCCCUAAGCCAACAAUAUUGAAUCCUUUUGACAGCUAAAUCCUAAGAAAUUAAAAAAGAUGCAGAUAGUCCUUAAGGUGAUAAAUUGAUGUCACUUGAGUUCUCUGGUGAAAAUGUAUAGUGUUUACUUAUUUACCUAACAGCUAUUUGAAGAGAAACCAGGUUUUAAUUAAAGGGUGGGGGAGGGGGUAUUUUUAAUGGGGCUUCAGUGCAUCCAUCUAUUGUUCCAGUGAAAUACUGAAGCAUGUCAUAUAUUAUACUUGAUGGUUGGUUUCUUUCUUUGAAAGGCAUUCAUGGUGGUGUUAAGACCCAAAGGCUAAAUCAAGCCAUUGAGGUUAACAUUAAUUUUCUGUCAAGAGCUUACAUUUUCUGUCAGUUUUGAGGGGAGAUAUUGAUAACAUCAAAUUUGACUGCUGCACGCCUGCUCUUAAUUACAGGACUUGAAAGUAGAUUUGUGGUAAUAAGAUUCUUAGAUAAGGACCUCAGAUCAGUUAGAUAAGAAUAUCAGUACCAGAUUUGCAUAUAUUAAUCCUUGGUUGAGCAGGAUAUGCAAGAACAUGUGUUUACAAACAAAAGAUUAUCUUGCUGGGGUUUUCCAUGCCCAAAGUAUUAAUUGUGCUGCAAAAUAUCACCCCGAUUUGAAAGUCACUUUGUCAUACUAGUAUGCCAAGCAGUGGAAGAGUAUUAUGUGUACUAUAUUCAUGAACUACCGGGUAGAUGCCAGAUUGAAAGUUAGAAGAGAAACAAUAUUACUUGAUCUCAAGUGUUGUUUGUGUGAAGUUAGCGUAGAAAAUGCUGAGUGGUUUGUCCAACCUUAUCUUUGGUGCUGGCCCCGAGGAGGCGCCACACGAGGCAGUUGAUCUCAAGACAACCCUCGCAGAAAAUGAAUGGGUGCUAGUGGACAGGACAAAUACUAGUUCCACCACUACUACUACUACUUCUUCAUCAAGCACGCUAACUUGUACGGCACGUGUCGAAUCUCAAACCCCUCCUCCAUUCUCUCCAUCUCAAGUGCCAUUACCAUCACAAACUGACAAUGUCCCACAUAUAAUAAAACAACGCGACCAUUCCAAUAGCUCUAGGGACUCCCAGGGGUCCCGGGGGUCUUCUGGCCAUGCCCAACCAGAUCAUCAGUCCCCUUGGGAUAGCUGGCUAGUGACUCCACCCCCUUGUUUCACUGCAGGGAGCGGCAGGCUGGAGACGGGGCCCAUGGAGAAUCUACUCAUAGAACACCCCAGUAUGUCUGUGUAUGGGCCGCGGCCACGAGGGUCGAGCACAGGUGCUGACGAUUCUCUGGAUUCUGAGUCUUCCACUGAAAAUGAGCAAAAUAGACCAGUCAUCCACAGACCUCCGCACAGGCCACGUGCUGUGGCUGCACGAGCAGGCCUUGUUGCAGCGCAGGCGCAGUCUGUGAAAUCUAUGCAAAGGAGCCACCAUCAGGUCACUACUCGCAAUUUGAGGAAGAAACAGCUCACACGUGCUAACCAGGUGCACGAACGUUUCUCCAACGCUAAAGCACUGCACCAGAGGAAAAUCAAACAGCCUGGCACCAGGAAACAACAGCACUAAAAGAUUUUAACUUGAAUAUCACUUAACGUGAACUACAGAAGGACUGAUACAUUCAAUCAUAAUAGCUAGACAGAAAAAUAGCAGGAAAAAUAGAGAAAGCAGUUUGUGUCAUUAUUUUAUCGUCAAGAACCCUGCCCAGUAUGUGCAAUUGUUUAUGAGAAGGAAAUUCUCUCUGAAACCAUGUAUUCUGUUCAAUCCAUCCUGUCAUCAGAAAGCUAUUAAUACCUAGCAUCAAUUGUCACAUACUCACAGGGGAAAAGAACACAACAUGUCACCACUUUUGUAGAUCAAUGAUUGUACUAUUGUGCACAUAAUUGAUCACUGGAUACCUGCAUCAUUCAUUUGAAGGAAAAGAAAUUGAACUUGGAUUUAAAAACUCAUUUUUGACAUGCCUGUUAGAGUACAUGUCCAGCAGUUAUGAAUUGUACAUUCAUUUGGACCUUGACCGACCCUGGACGAGUUCACAGAUUACUGGACCUGACCAUUGCCAAGAACUUUGUUAUUUAUUGUUUAUCUUAUACAUAAGAGUAUAUAUAGGUAUUGGAUUUAGGAGAUGUCAUGUUGAAGUCACAGUUGCAGUAAUGUUGUAUAUGUAGAUGUAUUAAAUGAUAGGAAUAUGUCCAAUAAGCAUACGAUCAGUGCUGUUAUACUGUGUAUGCUGCAAAUUUUAAAAUACCUGUGAUGUCACAAUCUGAGUGAUGUCACAGUGGUGUUAGUAUCAAUGUUCAUGAUGUCACAGUGUUCAAGACAUGAUGUCACAACUGGUGUGACAAGUGAAAUGUCUACGUACUUGUCACAAUUACACAGGCUGCUGCUGACAAAAACAAUUCGAUUACUUCGUGAAAAGAUACAAUUUCUUCUAACAGCCUAUCAGACCAGGUCAAUGUGAAAUGUCACAUAAAUGUCAAAUGUCACACUAAUGUCUAACAUCACACAAGUAUGGCACAAUGCCACUUGUUCUGCAGCAAACAUUUUGCUACAUAAAUGACGAGUCAUGCAAGGUCUCGUCACAGAGAGAGGACACACGGACACAUCAUGUCACACUGACAGUGACAGGGUAUUUACACCUCAGACAACUCUGUCCACAACUAAUAUGUCAAAGCUGGAUGCAUGUAUACAAAUUUACAUUCAGGAUUGUUAUCUAUAGUAACUAAGCAUAUUAAGUCACAGCUCAGGGAAAAGAAAGCAGGUGGAAGUUGGAAAACAAAUGUCUGCCGCAAUAAUGUCUUAAUCCAUCCAUCACAAUCAGUCACAGUUGUUAUGCUAUUACACACGAGAUGAAGCCAUAUUUUCAAUACAAGGCCUUGUAAUAAGACAGAUAACAUGAACAUGACAACAUGUGGUAAGACUGGUUCUUGCUUCAUGAUGUUACCAUCACUGCUAUUUAUGUCAGACUGGUUCCCUUUCUCAAGUUGUCUCUAUUUACUCCCCUUGUACAAAAUUAUGUUGUGGGCUCAAUUGUCUGUUAUACACGUCCUGAAUAUUCUCUGCACAACUGGAGACAUCAUUUUCACUAAUAUGAGACAUUAACAUGAAUCUCAGUUUACCCGUUUAUGAUGUUUACCGGCUUAUUCCAUACAAUGCACUAUUAUGUACAUGAUUUAUUCUUGGCCUUGGAUUUUAGUCAGGGACAGCUUGACAUAGAUCCAAGUUCAAAGAUAGGCUGCCAUAUAGUUUACAUAUCAAGAGGUGUAAAGACCUUAAGACACUUUGUUUAUGAGAAUAUGUGACAAGUUAUGUGAUAUUUUGCAAGAAACAGUUUUGAAUCAAAAUUUUAAUUGCAAUGAGUUAGUUAUCACAGCAGCAUGCCCUUAUAUAUAAAAGUUCACCAUCUAAAUUUUUACAUUUUAUUUUAAGCAUUUAGUCUGCAUGCCAUUUCAAGAUGAAAACUUGAACUGUUUAACUGCUGGAAUGGGCUGGGUGUUUUUAUUUUUCAUUUAUUCAAAUGUGUCUUUUGGAAUUGUUUUUAAAUGCUGAAUGUUGACAGUUAGUUCCAAUUUGAGUGUAAUAUUAUACACGUAUUUACUGUGCUUUUAUAUACUUGUGGUUUACGUGUUGGAGGUGGUUAGUCUAGGGUAUAUUUAAUUACCACCUGUUUAAGGUUUUAAAGGUUGCUAUAUUUAAAUUUACUGGUGGAAAAUCCAGUUCGAAGGUGCACAUUUGGCAAUAUCCUAAUGAAUUUACCACUUGCCUUAGUCUUAUACUGAGGGUAAUGCAUGCUAGUAUAUGAUAGAGAUUAAAUGAAAAGUUACAUUCGUUGAUGAACAAAAAAAAAAAAAAAAGCUUAAAACAUACAUGUUGGUGAUUGAAUUCUUGCACAUGUCAGUAUUUUAAAAAGGGCCAUAAAUUAAUAAACAACACAAAAAAUAACAUUUAUAUGUAUUACAUAUUUAAGUAUAGUGUAUUUGGUACAUGUAGCUUACACUUGAUUCAAUUAAAUAUAAACACACAAAACAAACAAAACAACAAACUAUUAUACUCAGAGCACAAAUGCAUAUUGGUUGAAGACAAGAAUGCAACAAUUACAAUAAUUUGUGCAAAACAACAUAUUACACAUGGAUUCUAGUACAUGUAGAUGGUGUUACUAUGCAAAUGAUAACCAAGCUCUAAGGCAUUGAAGAAUUUUAUAGAACAUUUAAGAACAGUAGAAUUUUCAAUUUCUCUGACUGGUUUGUGAGUUCCAUAUUUAAUCGUCUUGAUCCAUUAUAGACAACUGGUGUGUUUGUAUCACCAUACAUUGUACCAGUACCAACACGGCAGCAGUAGCAACUGUCAACUGGCAGCAGUGACAGUAACAGUAGCACGUGAAUGACUGGACUUUCAAUUUUUCUGUGUGAGAAUGCUACAGUGUGAAGAAAACCCACCUCUGCCAUUGCUAUAUUACGUCAUUAUAACUAUAUCAUUCAAAGGCAAGAUAUCCUUUUAAGACUGGCAUCAUGUAUAUGUCAGAUUCAUCCACAUUAUGCUGUAUGAAUGCUGCGGGUAUGUUUUAUUGAAAUUUGCAUUGUGUUCCUAGGCAGAGAGAGUACUCAAUAAACUGUUGUGAGUUUGAAAUCAA